AUGCGCGCUUCCCAGGGAAUGGAGGCCAGCUGCCCCACCCCAACCCCCAGCUUGGGCCUGGGUCCAGGUCCGAGGAAGGGGGACCUGAAGGGCGCUGGAAAAGCCUGGCAGCGGGUCCCGCCGCGGGUCGUUUGUUGCUUGGGCACCCACGCCUGGCCUGCUCUCAGGGUGACCACCUGCUCAGCUGGCCUGUCGCCACCCCAGGAGGGGCUCCGAGCGCCCCCAGGGCCCUCCCCUGGAGCUGAGGGUGCCCAGGCUUCGCAGGCAGGCCGUGUGGUCAGGGGCCUGAACACGCGUGGGCGCUUACGGAACUGGAAUCUGAGGGCUGACUGCACAGCCUCACGUGCAUGGGCGUGGCAGCCUGCCCAGAGAGGAGGGGUCCAGGGUGCUGCCCCCAUGGGGCCCAGCUCUGCCUGUGCCGGCUGGAGCCCUCCCCACCACCGGCGGCCAGUGGAGGAAGGUGGUUGUCUCGGGUCCGCACGCAGGCUGCUUGACCUGACCUGGGCAGGUUCCCUGGGACGAGAGGCAGAAGGGGAGCUGGGCCCGAAGGGCAGCACUGGGUCUCCAGCAUCCAGGCCAGCCUGCCAUGCGGUGACUGGGCCAGGCCCCACCAGGACCGCCCGGAGGCUGCCCCUUUCCUGGUUCCCCUGGUCGUCCCCCUCUGCCAGCCCUUGA